AUGCAGCUCGACACAUCCCGAGACUCCAAGCUCAAGUUCGAGACGUCCGAGGAGGUCUCGAUCGUAAGCCCCCCCCCCCCCGCCGCCGCGCCCUCGUAGCCUUGUCCUGACUUGAUGGCUGGCUUUCAAUGCAUCGUCUAGGCCCCCACCUUCGACGCUCUUGGACUCAAGGAGGAUCUCUUGCGAGGCAUCUACGCCUACGGUCCGUUCUCCCCCGCUGCGCUUACCCGAGUCGAUCCCUGGAUGGCUGACCCCUCUCCCCGCCUCAUUCCUACUAUCCUACUACAGGCUUCGAGAAGCCAUCUGCAAUCCAACAACGUGCGAUCCGACCCGUCACAGAAGGUCGCGAUGUCAUUGCUCAGGUCAGCACAUCACCACCUCCCACUCACUCACCCUUGGCUGCAUACAACCUGAUCCACCCUUCUCUUGAUGACCGCGCGACUACCCACAGGCCCAGUCCGGAACGGGUAAAACAGCGACCUUUUCCAUCUCGAUCCUGCAGUCCAUCGACACCUCCGUCAGGGAAACCCAGGCGCUCAUCCUCUCCCCGACUCGCGAAUUGGCCACCCAGAUUCAAAGCGUCGUCCUCGCUCUCGGUGGUACGUUGCCGAAAGAUGAGCUCAGGGCGAGAACAUGCGUUCUGACGUAAACAUCUUCAACGUGCAUCACAGACUACCUCAACGUCUCUUGCCAUGCCUGCAUCGGCGGCACCAACGUCGGCGAGGACAUCCGCAAGCUCGAGCAUGGUCAACAGGUCGUCUCCGGCACCCCGGGACGAGUCUUUGACAUGAUCAAGCGCCGCACCCUGCGCACGCGCAACAUCAAGAUGCUCGUGCUCGACGAAGCCGACGAGUUGCUCAACCGCGGCUUCAUGGACCAGAUCUACGAUGUGUACCGGUACCUCCCGCCGCAGACCCAGGUUGUGGUCUUGUCCGCCACUUUGCCCCAGGACGUGUUGGAGAUGACGACCAAGUUCAUGACCCAGCCCGUGAGGAUUUUGGUCAAGCGUGACGAGUUGACGCUCGAAGGCAUCAAGCAGUUCUUCGUCGCCGUUGACAAGGAGGAUUGGAAGUUUGACACCUUGUGCGACCUCUACGACUCGUUGACCAUCACCCAGGCCGUCAUCUUUUGCAACACAAGGAGAAAGGUGGGUAGGGCGUGUGAGGGGUACUGAGGCGUAUACAGUGUACUCAUUCCAUCUCCUCGCUUGGACAGGUCGAUUGGUUGACCGAAAAGAUGCGAGAAGCCAACUUUACCGUGAGCGCCACUCACGCCGGGAAACUCCGCACGUCAAGUGCCGCGCGCUCACCUCUCGCAUCUCUCCCACCGCAGGUCUCCUCGAUGCACGGCGAUAUGCCGCAAAAGGAACGCGACACAAUCAUGGGUGAAUUCCGAGGCGGCAACUCGCGCGUGCUGAUCACGACCGACGUCUGGGCGCGUGGUCUGGACGUACAGCAGGUCUCGUUGGUCAUCAACUAUGACUUGCCGUCGAAUCGUGAGAACUACAUCCACCGCAUCGGUCGUUCGGGGAGGUUCGGGCGCAAAGGCGUUGCUAUCAACGUGAGUGCUGGGCUAUGAACGUUGACCAGGGUAUCUGAGCUGAUCCCUCCCUUGUGUCUCGUUUGCGAUCCAGUUCGUCACGGCCGAAGACGUCAAGAUCUUGCGCGAUCUCGAACAGUACUACGCGACGCAGAUUGACGAGAUGCCCAACAACCUCAACGAAGUCGUCGGUUAA